AUGGCCUCAGUUCCUCCUGGCGACAUCAACACUCAGCCUAACUCGAAGAUCGUCUUCAACGCGCCGUACGACGACAAGCACACCUACCACAUCAAGAUCAUCAACGCUUCCGGCCGACGUAUUGGAUGGGCCAUCAAGACCACCAACAUGAAGAGACUUGGUGUGGAUCCUGCCUGUGGUGUGCUCGACCCCAAGGAGGCCACCCUUAUGGCUGUCUCCUGUGAUGUGUUCGACUACGGACGUGAGGACACCAACAACGACCGUAUUACCGUCGAAUGGUGCAACACUCCUGACGGAGCUGCCAAGCAAUUCCGUCGUGAAUGGUUCCAAGGAGAUGGUAUGGUCCGAAGAAAGAACCUCCCCAUCGAAUACAAUCCUUGA